AUGGCAGAUAGGGGCAAUAUCCUAGAUGAACUUACCAACCAGCAACUUGUUGAUAGGUAUCGCUUCAACAGGGCAGGCCUCAAUUACCUUGAAACUGUGUUUGGACCAGCACUGAGGCCAGCUACAAUGAGACAUAAGAGUUUGUCGGCUAUGGACAAACUCCUUAUUACUCUAAGGUACUUAGCAACAGGGGGAAUUCAGCUAAACGAUGCUGACAUGCACAAUGACUCACAGCCAGCAGUAUCAAAAAUAUUGACUGAAGUGACAAAUCAUCUGUCAUCUGCUGAUGUUUUGGGAAGGUUUGUGCGUUUCCCACUAACAGUGAGGGAGCUUGAUGCAGAGGUUCAACAGUUUUAUGGACUGGCACAGUUUCCAAAGGUGGUGGGUGUCAUAGAUGGUACCCACAUACGUAUUCAGGCCCCUUCGGAGGAUGAGCCGUCUUUUGUCAAUAGGAAGGGUUUCCAUUCAACUAACGUACAAGUUGUGUUUGAUGGUUUUGACAGAAUAACAAAUGUGGUUGCCCGAUGGCCAGGGUCUGCACAUGACAGCAGAAUUCUUCAGCAGAGUGGCCUUAGGAACCUAUUUGAUGAAGGUCACGUACCUAAUGGUCAAUACCAUCUUCUUGGGGACAGCGGAUAUGCUGGGCGAAGGUGGCUACUUACCCCAUACCUCAAUCCCCAGCCUGGUAGCCAAACAGCAUACAACAGAUCCCAUAAAAUUACUAGAGCCAAGGUGGAGAGAGGCAAAGGCCAACUUAAAAGACGAUUCGGUGUUCUCCAUGGUGAAAUUAGGGUGCAGCCAGAAAAAGCUUGCAGAAUUUUUCUGACCUGCGCUGUUUUGCACAAUAUCUGUAAAGCGUGGAACAUACCAAUGCCAGACGUGAUUGAUGACGGCGGCAAUGCUAACAACAUGGACAACAACAUUGCUCCUCAACAUGGUAUGCAGUACAGAGAUUACUUCGCCAACACCUACUUUUAAGCAGUACAUGUAAGUUUUUUUUAUUAUAUCCUCUAUAAUGAUAUAUAGAGAUUAACCGAUGAAUUGAAAAGGAUAUUUCAAUAGGUGAAAUAACAUUUUGUUACCAUUCUUUAAUUUUUUAAAUUUUAGCAA